CAUGAAGUUGAAUCCAGCAAAGUGCACCUUCGGCGUUGAAUCAGGCAAGUUUCUGGGUUUCAUGGUUUCCAGAAGGGGGAUAGAGGUCAACCCUGAGAAGAUAAAGGCAAUUGAGGAAAUGAAACCGCCGAGGUCAACCAAGGACGUGCAACGCCUGGCAGGGAGAGUAGCAGCACUGCACAGAUUUAUCUCCAAAUCAGCAGAUAAGUGUUUGCCUUUCUUUAAGGUCUUGAGAACUGCAGCUCAGAAGAAUGAAACGGGAAAACCCCAGAAGUUCAACUGGACGACGGAGUGCCAGGUAGCUUUCGACGAGCUCAAAGCCUACCUCGGCUCGCCUCCUCUGCUGACUAAGGCUCAAGAAGGUGAAAUCCUUUAUCUCUACCUCGGGAUAUCUGAUACUGUUGUCAGUUCUGUCUUGGUCAAGGAAACGGGGAAACAACAGCAACCAGUAUACUAUGCCAGUAAGGUGCUGCAGGGGGCUGAGCAGAGGUACUCGAUAGCAGAGAAGGCGGCCCUAACAGUUGUUGUUACUGCAAGGAAGUUGAGACCAUAUUUCCAAUCCCAUCCUAUUAUUGUGAUGACUGAUCAGCCUUUAAGACAAAUUUUGCAGAAACCAGAAUGCUCCGAGAGGCUCAUCAAAUGGGCAGUAGAGCUGGGAGAGUUUCAGAUAGCAUUCCAGCAGAGGUCGACAAUCCGAGCCCAAGCCUUGGCAGAUUUCGUGGUCGAAUGCACUUCUAAUCAGGUGGAGCCGAAUUCUGAAGCAGAAACAUGGACCCUGUAUGUCGAUGGAUCAUCUAAUAACAAGGGUUCAGGAGCUGGAGCAGUGUUAACUGGACCUGACGGCUUCCAGAGUGAACACGCUUUGAAGUUCAACUUCCAGGCCACAAACAACGUGGCCGAGUAUGAAGCCCUCCUCCUGGGACUACGUCUGGCGGCCGAGAUCAAAGUCAAACGCCUGCAGAUUUACAGUGACUCACAGCUGGUAGUUAACCAAAUCAAUUCUAUGUGCGAAGUCAUCGAUCCCAUCCUGGCAAGAUAUGUGGUCGCAGUCUCCGAGCUGAAAAACCGUUUCGAAAAAUUCCAGCUUACCAAAAUUCCGAGAGCAGAAAAUGAGCAUGCGGAUUCCUUGUCGAAAUUGGCAUCUGAGAACUCUGGGGAAGCAAAGUCUGUGUACAUCGAGAUACUGAAUGAACCAAGCUUUCAGACGUCGGGGGUAAUGGAGAUUAGCACUGACCUAGGUGCUCCGAGUUGGACAGACCCCAUCCGGGAGUACCUCCUCAAUGGCACCGUCCCGGGGGACAAACAGGAAGAGAUGAAGUUACGAAGAAAAGCCUCUCGGUAUACCCUGGUUGGCGACAUCCUGUACAAGAGGUCCUACUCGUUACCACUCCUCAGAUGCCUGACACCAUAUGAAGCAGAGUAUGCACUAAGAGAAGUACACGAGGGGGUAUGCAGUAAUCACGUGGGAGCCCGGACUCUGGCACAUAAGCCAGCUGAAGAACUCACCAGCCUGACUGCACCAUGGCCCUUUGCUCAAUGGGGAAUAGACCUUCUGGGCCCCUUCGUCAAAGCAGUAGGAGGAGCAACGCAUUUGGUGGUCGCUGUUGAUUACUUUACCAAAUGGGUAGAAGCCAGACCUCUCUCUUGUCUGACUUCGAGAAGAAUUGAGGAUUUCCUCUUCAGCUCGGUCAUCUGCAGAUAUGGGAUACCAAACCAGAUCAUCGCUGAUAACGGCCCCCAGUUCAAUUGUAACUCCUUCAGAGACUUCUGCUCCAGCUACGGGAUUAAGUUGGUGUUCACCUCCGUCUAUCAUCCCGAGGCCAAUGGAAUGAUGAACUUAACAACGUCCUGUGGGCUUACCGGACAACAAGCCGAACUGCCACAGGCGAAACACCCUACCACUUAGCCUUCGGCACUGAGGCAGUCAUUCC